GCUGAUAGAGAGUGCGAAGAACUGAAACUGAAGAAAGUGUAGAAAGAUUGGCUGCUGAAGUACCACAUUGCUGUCAAGAACAUGGUUUCUUUCGAGUCUAGUGAUCUGAGAAAGAUUGGACUAGGACUGACUGGAUUUGGUGUUAUAUUCACUUUGAUUGGAGUAUUACUUUUCUUUGAUAAGGCUUUUCUUGCCAUUGGCAAUAUACUCUUUCUCUCUGGACUGAUCUUGGCUAUCGGACCAAAGUCCGCCCUUCAAUUCUCCAUGAAACCCCAGAACUAUAAGGGUUCAUUUUCUUUUGGUGUUGGUUUCUUCUUUGUGAUCACCGGAUGGCCUAUUGUUGGAAUGAUUGUGGAGACAUAUGGUCUCAUUGUCCUUUUCAGUGGAUUCUGGCCAACAGUAGCAAAUUUUUGUAGGAAGCUGCCAAUCCUCGGUUGGACGCUGCGCCAACCCUACGUUCCCGCGUACUUUGCCCAGCAGAAACCUCGGCGAGUUCCUGUCUAA